CCCACCCAAUGUCGGAGCAGAUCCUGGCGGCGGUCCUUUGAUGAGCUUUCCUCAACGACACCUCGACACCCAAGACAAGACAAGAUAAAUCUAAAAUAAAAAUGGCGUCUACCGUUGACAUCAUAACUCUCGAUAACCUCGAGUCUAAGAUGCCCCCCACCGUCGGCCCGGACUAUCUCUAUGCUCUAGUCGAUAUGGGAAGUAAUGGCAUCCGCUUCUCCAUUUCAGACCUGUCACCUCCUAAUUCCCGGCUGCUCAAGUGCCUCUACCGCGAGCGAGCCGCCAUCUCUCUCUUCGAUGCUCUCAAUUCGCCAUCCUCUUCCAGCUCGGCAAGCGACCCGUUGACCUUUCCACCAGAGACAAUCCGCCUCGUCUCCCAGACUUUAGCACGGUUCCGUUCCAUCGCGGUGGACGACUAUGGCGUACUCGCCGAGCAUGUCACGGUCUUUGCUACCGAGGCCAUGCGCCGCGCCCGGAAUGCCGUUGCCAUGCUGGAAGCCAUCAGCACAGAGGCACAAGGCUUGAGGGUGCAGAUUCUGGCUCCCGAAGUUGAAACCCUCUUCGGGUCCAUGGGGGCUCGAUCCGGCUUUGUUAAUGUCAAGGGUCUGUUCCUCGACCUCGGUGGCGGGUCCGUCCAAAUGACCUAUAUGAACACAUAUCUCGCUGGAACACAAACAGCGGACAUGCCGCCAUACGAGCUGGCUGCGGCGCAGGCCGGCCAAAGUCUGCCCUUUGGCGCCGCGCGGCUCAUCAGGAUACUCGAGAACGACGAUGCUGAGGUUCAGGCUGCCGAGAAGUCGAAGUUGCAGCUUGGCAUGAUGGAAGCAUUGCAGAGGCUGCGGGCGACGUUCCCCAGUCUGAACCAGAGCAUUUCGCCAGAGUCUACGAAGCAGCGUGACGGUAUCGAUAUUUACCUCUGCGGGGGCGGUUUCAGGGGUUAUGGCAGCAUGCUGAUGCACAACGAUCCCAUCCAACCGUACCCAGUGCCCUCCAUCGGGACAUAUACUGUCCCCGGCAGCUUGUUCGGGCAGACAAAGAAGAUGCUCAAGUUAAACAAGGAAUACGAUGGGAAAAUCUUCGGCAUGUCGAAGCGCCGCCGUGCCCAGUUUCCCGCAAUCGUCACCGUCGUCGAAGCCCUCAUCCAAGCUGUGCCGAGCAUUCGCUCCGUCACUUUCUGCAAAGGGGGCAAUCGAGAGGGUGCUCUGAUGAUGAAGCUGCCGCGGGAGAUACGCGAGGGCAACCCUCUCAGUCUUAUGAGCAUGCCAUUGGCAACAAGCCCAAUCAUGCAUGCCGAAGAUCAAGAGGCGUUGCAGGCGGUUGUCUCUACACUUCAGGCAGCUGUUCCGGCUACAGAAGCGCUCAGCAUCUUCACCCUCGGCCUCGAACUUCUGUUCGCCAGGCAGAUUUGGGCUGGUGCCGGUGAGGACGGGGAUGCCAACGCCUCUGCCUGCCUUCACAAUCUAGUCACGCGUGACCCUAGUUGUCCCGGCCUGACACACCUGGCACGAGCCGUGCUUGGGCUCACCCUGUGCGCACGUUGGGGCACCAAUCUGGCACCGAUUGAUCAGCAGAUGCGCAGAAGCUUACGGCAACUUGUCAAUGGCGCAGACGAGGAUGCGAACUUCUGGAUCGAGUAUAUCGGGGCUGUUGCUGCCGUUAUGGCGACCGUGGUCCCUACCUGGCCGAGGACUACCCAGAGGAUCAGAGACGCAAUCAAGUUCCGUGUGACUGUAGAUGAAGACGGCAAGAAAUCAAGGAUUCGCCUUGUGGUCUUUGUCAGCUCCAAAGCGGUCAAAGGGAUGGACCUCAAUGGCUUGGAGGGCUUGUUCAAGAACAUAAGCAAGCCCCAAAAGCUCGAGAAGAAGAACGGUAAAAGCGCCGUUAUCCAAAUCAAGGAGGUGCCGAGGGUAUGAUUCUAGAAGAUGGCUCUCGCGACGCCAUGCCACGGGAUAUAAUCUAUCGACUCGUAC